UCGCAACAGUUGGCCCAGUCAAUUCCACAAUUUUGCCAAGCCCACAGGUCUAUUUAAAUUUGCAAAAGCUUUACAAGAAUGAAACAAUUUUUUGUGAUCGCUGCCUUAAUUACGGUCACGGCGGCGGGGUCGCCAUGGAUUCCUGAACCGCAAGAGCAGCAGGACUGGAUGCCUUGGCUGUGGUUGGAUCGACAUCAAGAAUUCGUUAACAAUAGUCAGCUCCAUGGGGCUAAUUUGACCGUAAUUUUCUUCGGAGACUCGAUCACAGAGGCGUGGGACUAUACCGGGAGGGCCGUUUGGGAUGCGAGAUAUGCCCCCUUGGGUGCGGCAAACUAUGGGAUUGGGGCCGACCGAGUGGAGCACGUCCUCUGGAGAAUUAUUAAUGGAGAGGUCGACAAUGUAUCGCCGAAACUUUGCGUCGUUAAAAUUGGGACGAACAACAUUUGGGGCAAUACGGAGUUCGACAUCGCCCGAGGCGUUGCCGCUAUCGUGAACGAGCUGAGAAGUCGCCUCCCCACGACGAAGAUCCUUCUCCUCGGCGUCCUCCCACGCCACAACGUGCAAACAAUGGUCCUAGUCGAUAAGGUUAACGAGUACAUCUCCAUCCUCGAUAAUGGCGGCAUGGUUCGAUUUUUCAACAUGCGGGACACGUAUUAUGUCGGUGAUGGCGUCUUCAACAACAAUUUGUUCGACCCUGAUAUGAUUCAUUUGUCCGGAGAGGGGUACUCCGCCUGGAAUAUGUCGAUGGAUGCGCUUUUCACAGAAAUGUGGAAUUCUAAGUGAAAAGACAAAAAGUUGAGCAACAUCUUCAAAUUAAAACAUCUAAUUAUGGUUUAAAAUUUGUAUUCGGUGUAAAAAAAAAGCUAGAAUAAAUUUGAUUUAAAACAUU